UUGCCAGCACUACCAAACACAGUUAACCGCUCAGGUAUCGGACCACCAGAUUCAUCUGGCAGCAAACCGUUGGACCCCCAUGGCAGACAAGUCAUCAGCCUCGGUCGGUGUCGAGCGCUGAGAUGCAUGGCUAUUAAAGCACGUGAUUGCGCACACUAUAUCAGAUGCUCAUGAGCAGCUUGAGUCUUUGGGUACCAGAGGACUGGCAUUGUUGGUCUUUGGUCCUCGUUGGUCUCCUCUCUCAUCCCUCAUUGCAUCAUGCGUUUGUCGCCCUGACACAAAGCGGG